GCGCAGACCGACUGCGUACACCAGUCAUUAUUUUUAGCUCGUGGCUCGUGUUGCAGUGACGGGGUCGCGAGAAGCUUGCAGCUUUUUUUUAAUUUUUACAUUUCCUCUUUCUACACCCGCGUUCGAGCAGGACUUGCGGGGAGCACGAGAGAGCGACGCAACGCACUGACUGGUGCGCGUGGAGGUUGACGGUACAUACAGCGAGGAGGAGGAGGAGGAGGAUAACAAACUGCAAGGAGGGGGAGAACCACCAACACGUCUUAUUACGUAUCCCCGUCCAUCGCCGUCCGACAGACACACACACACGCACAUACGCACGCAUACUAGUUCUCGGUAAACGGCCUGCCCGGAGAUGGCCAGCCCCGCUCCAGGUCGAGAUGUCCCGAAUGCUUCGCCGAGGGACGAGCCAGGGCCGAACCAUCCCGAACCGGCCUGUUUGGAGGCGCAGAAAUGGAUAGAGGCUGUUACGGGGAAGAGCUUUGGGGACAAGGACUUCCGCAGUGGAUUGGAGAACGGCAUCCUGUUAUGCGAGCUGCUGAGUGCAAUCAAACCGGGGCUGGUCAAGAAGAUCAACAGACUGCCCACCCCCAUCGCUGGGCUGGACAACCUGUCCGUCUUCCUGCGGGGCUGCGAGGAGUUUGGCCUGAAGGGCUCCCAGCUGUUUGACCCCGGGGACUUGCAAGACACUUCCACUCGAGCUAACCUCAAGGACUGCAACCGCAAAAUAAAAAAUGUGCUGAACACUGUGUUCUGGCUCGGCAAGGCUGCCGGCGGCUGCGCCUCCUACAGUGGCCCUACUCUCAACCUCAAGGAGUUUGAAGGGCUUCUUGCUCAAAUGAAGGUGGAGAGUGAGGACAGUUCCCAGAUGCGCAGCGUUAGGGACAGCGGCUACGACUGCUGGGACUCCGAGAGGAGCGAUUCUCUGUCUCCACCACGACACACUCGCGACGACUCCCUAGACAGUUUGGACUCCUUUGGCUCUCGCUCACAGCACAGCCCUUCUCCUGAUGUGGCGAAUCGAGGCAACGGUGAUGGGCGAGGCAGCGACUCGGAGGCCGAUGCUCCCAGCAGGAGGCCAGAUGUGCGGAAGGAUGACAUGCUGGCCAGACGGACUGCCAGCAGUGAAUCACGGGUCUCCAUUCCCUUCAAUCAGUUUCUUCCCAACCGAACCAACAACAGCUCCUACAUCCCGACUCCUCGGCGAAAACCACACACGGAGGAAGGAGAGCAGCGCAGUCACCCUCAAGCCCCUUCAGAGCAGUGCAAGAGAACCGGACUUCAUCACAAAACUCCCAAGAGUGUCACUUGGGCGCCUGAGGAUAAUGGGGAGGAGGUAAAACAGGAAGAGGAGAAGGUGACUCAGGAAGUGUUGGAGCAGAAGACGCUGCAGAAGUUGGAGAAGACGGGAAUCAAAGAUCUGCCCGCUGCCGUUCGCUUCAGCAGCCCUCCCACACUGGAGGAACAGGAAGUGAGGUCACCGUCCCCAAACAUCAUCCUCCGCUGCGACAACGACUUUUUGAGCUCUCAGAAAUCUGCGUGGGACUCCUCCUCCGAUGUGGAAGAGGAGGCAGAUGCGCGGAAAGUUCCGGAUGUUCGUAAAGACGACCUGGCAUCCCGGCGAGCCCCUCGCGGCCCCGUUGCUCCCAGGGUGCAUCAGUUUGUCCCGCAACCUGUCUGUAGCAGCAAAGACCGAGAGCGCUGGGAAGGCAUUCGACGAGCCUCGCAGCAGAGCCUGCAGGAGAAGGAGAUCAGUGAGAAAGAAGCAGUCCCCGACAUCAUGACACGCAGAGACAACCCGUUCCUCAACUCCGCCCCUCGCCACGAGGAUGGGGAGGAUGGGGAGGAAGAAGAGGGGAAGGUUACGGCGACCCCUAAUAAGCAGAAGGAUGACUUGGCUCGUAGGCGGGCUCAGAGUAAGCCCCUCCCACAAAGGGACGGACCAGUGAGCUUGGUUUCUGCCUCCAUGAGCCAGGCAGAUAUGCAGAAGUGGAAAAGACUCAAGAUGACUGAACCCAGUGAGGCUUGCCCGUCGUCCCCUGUGUGUCAAGCUUGUCUGGAGACAAAUGUUGGGGAUCCUUUCAGCGGACCAGCAAAGGCUGGACGAAGUCAGAGCAAAGUUGUGACCUUUGGGGGCGUGACUGAGAUCGAGCAGCCAGUAGACACAGUCAUGUCAAGUGAAGGGGAGGAGAAGGAGUUGCUAAGACGACUCCUUUCCAAGGCAACUGUAGCCAUGCCUACCAUUGGCCUGGGCUCCCAGCUUUCAGAGCGGGAACGCAGCCAGGUAGACGGAGCUGACCUCAAUCAAACCACACCUCCUUCAGCUGUCCUCCCACUCUGCUCCCCUGAAAGCCCCUCUCCUCCUGCUGAGAUGGACACGCGCCUGGCUCACUAUGAACGGAGGACAGAUGGGGGGGAGGAGGAGGAUGAUGAUGACGAGGAAGAGGACAAGAUUCCGGAUCCUCAGAAAGAUGAUAUGAUGGCUAGGAGGACAGGAGUUUUCCAUAAACAAAGCACGGCUCCAGUGACCUACAACCGUUUCCUGCCUCUGCCCAGCACCAAGCGCUGCACACAAGGCGAGGUCGCCACUGACGCUGCUCCGAGGAACAAGAGGGACGUGCAGGCGGCCAGGAGCAAGGAACUGAACGCCAGGAGUUUCUCUCAUAGUGUCAGAGCGGAGCAACACCCACCCAGGGUUCCCAUGGAAACGCCUCAACUUCACCCAGACACGACUGCAAUCCGAGCAACGUCUCACAGCCAGUUUGAAUAUGAAGAUGACGACGGGGAUGAAUAUGAUGAGAAUGAGCCUGAGCCUGACCUGGAGAAGGACGACAUGAUGGCUCGGAGGACCAGAUCGUUCCAAAAAACGGAUGCGGCCAGAACCAAUAAGCCCAUCAACCGGUUCCUGCCGGUCCCCGGAUCAGUUAAAUAUAACGUUGCCCCGGUGUCGGCAAUGAAGCCGCUGCGCAACAGACUUAAACUCACAGAGAAGCUGGCGACUGAAAGCGUCGUUGCCAUGGUAGCAGAACCUCAGGCUCUGCUCUCCAAAGCUCCAACCCUCCCUAAGUGUGCAGGGCCGAGGGAGCGGCAGGCCGAGGGUGGAAAGCAGGAGGGAGGCGUGGCAACCCCUCAAAGCUCUGUCACGGGCGUGACCGAGCCCCUCUCCUCCCCGUCGCUCACCCCUCCACCCCUCCGUCCGGCGGCGGCCCGGGCCUGUAAAGUGGAGGCGGAGCUGGGAAACCAGGGUGUGGAGGAAAGAGUUGAGGAAACGGUGGAGGAGAGAGAGAAGGACGUGAACAGGGAGCCACGAAGGAAGCCCUUCUGGCUGGAUGACGAUGAUCUACCUCCCAUCAUGAUGAGUCGGCGAGUUGCGUUUAUGUCUGAGGACACUGAGAGCGUGAGCAUGAGUGACAUUCUUAAUGAGGAGGAGGUGGAACACUUACCACCACUGAGCCAAUCACGAUAUGAGCGGAGGCACGAACAGUCCAACAACUUUCAGGAUGAUGACGACCACUGGCAAAGCGAGUUGGCUCGAUGGAAGAAUCGUCGUCGCAGCACGUCACAGGAACUGAUCAAGAAAGAGGAAGAGAGGAAGAGGAUGGAGAAAAGGAUGAAGGAGGAGGGAAGUGGCAGCAACAAGAGGAAAAGCAUAAAGACCUACAAAGAGAUCCUGGAGGAGAAGGAGCGCAGAGAGUCCGAGUUGUGUGACGCCUACAGGAAUGCUGCAACUCCGGAGGAGGCCUCCGUGGUUUUACAGCGCUACGCUCUUCGCUUCACCAUCAGUGACGCGACACUGGACAGUCUCAAGCUGCCCAGAUACCCUGCAAAUCCCAAGCAGGACCUUCAUCCGGCGGACAGAGAGCACAAAACGACAUCACCUACCAAUGAAUCGUCACAACCGCCGAACAAACUGGAACCGCCGGUUAUAAAAGACCAGAGCCACGCAGAACCGGGAGAGAUGAAGACUGAUGUAACCGCUCAACAAGAGACGUCAGUCUCCUCCAGCUCCCCGGCAGCUGGCGGCCCCCUCGGCCCGGUCACAAACUCUGAAAAUGUGCCACCUCAGUCUCUCGAAGUGAAUGAACCUCGAUCCAAACCGACUCCAACCACGCGACCAAAACAACCGAUUGCAGGAGACGCAAAGCCUCAACCCAAACACAGUGAGGCUGCACAUGUGCCGCCUCACAGCACACGGCCUGGACACGCACUCCCCUCACCUCCAUCCGUAGCCCCCAGACCCGUCCCCCUGCUGGCAGCCAAGCCCUACUGCCAGCCCAGGAGCGCACAGUCUGGACACAAACCCGUCAAGAUGGACGGGUUGGUGCGAGUGAACGGAGAGGUGAAGGUGGAUUUAUCUGUUUCCACUUCGCCUACCUCUGCUUGUCACUCACCCCCGGAGGUCAAAGACAAUCCGUCAAAGAUGAUGGAGAAAGAUGUUCCCUCUGAGAAGACAGGGAAGGACGUUCCCUCAGAGAAGACAAUGAAGGACGUUCCCUCAGAGAAGACGGUGAAGAACGUUCCAUUAGAGCAGACAGAGAAAGAUGUUCCCCCCGAGCAGAUUUCGGCCUACCAGGAGACGGUGGAGGAGACGCCGUCUCCUCAGACGGAAAGAUCGAGCUCGUCUUUAGGCUCUGCCAUCAGCUCCCUGAUUGGAGGACGAAACUGUAUCAUCACGACAACCAUUGUGACAGAGCUCACACACGUGGAGCCACAUCAGCCGGACAGCCAAAGCAAUGCACAGGUCAACGGCACUUCUGGGUUUUCCGAGAGUCCAGUGGAGGGAAAAAAGGCUCCGCCAGCUUCACCGCCAAACAGAAUGCAAGAAUCCUCUCCCACUGUCACAGAGGGACUUGAGGAGAGCAGUGUAACUAUUGAGACCCCCAUGUUGAACUUGGCUAAACGUGUUAAUCACUGGGUCUGGGACCCCAAUGAGGAACGUAAACGCCUGGAAAGUUGGCAACAGGAGCAGGAGCGCCUCCUACAGGAGCAAUACCAGAGAGAACAGGAGAAGCUGAAGAAGGAGUGGGAGAAAGCACAACUAGAAGUGCAGGAGGAGGGGAGAAAACACAAUGAAGAGGAGAGAAGGAUCCUAGAGGAGACGGUACAGCCCUUAAAUCAAACGGGUUUCGUAAACCAGCAGUCGGGCCAGAUGGGGACGACUUCGUCAGCGCCAGAACACAACCAGACAGAGCGGGGAAACGUCGCUCCGCAGCAAAACGGCCAAAGCACCUCCACGGGGAACGAGGGUCAGCAUGUGUCCAAGCUGCACUUUCUCCAGGAUUCUGCAUGUGAUGGUGAGCCUCUAAUGAAACAAGAACUGUGGAAGACGGCCUCUCUGGACCGCAACCCUCAGCUGAACCAGGCACAUAUUGCUCAAAGGUCUGAAUCACAUGGCGCUGUAACAAACAAACAGCAGCCGUCUGCUUUGUCACCUCAGCCUCCCUCACACAGCAGAAGUGUUAGUGGGAAGAGACUGUGUUCUGGUUGUUCUCAACCACUGGAAAAAGGAGCUGCCAUGAUCAUCGAUACACUGGGACUGUUUUUCCACAUACAGUGUUUUAAGUGUGGAGCGUGCAAAGGGCAGCUGGGGGACGCCACUGCUGGGACUGAUGUACGAAUUCGUAAUGGACUGCUGAGCUGUCAUGAGUGCUAUAUUGCAUCUCGGGGCAGAGGUCAGCCCACCACACUAUGAUGACCUGCAGUUGAACCGGAACCCCCCCCCCCUCCCCCCCUUCCUUCUCCUCGUCAGUAAUUUGGAUGGAGAAGAACUUCUUUUCCUGAAAUGCACAAACAGCUUUAUGGAUUCUACUGAGAGCGGAAAAACUGGACUAAUAUGCGGACUGAGUGACCAUCAUCUCAUGCACAUACAGUAUAGUAUGUGUGUGUUUAAUAACUGUACAUGUGUAUACACUUUAACAUUUUAAUAUGUGUAGCAUGGAUGUAAUCAGCAAAUCAGUGUAUUUAGAUCUUUGCACACCCACACAGUUAAGAUGCUCGAAUAAAGCUCAGUUCUGUCACAAGCUUAACGUGUUACGCUAAAAGCUGAACCGCCGGACAUCAGCCUCAAAGUCUUGAUCCAUUAACCAACGCUUCUGCACUGAUCACGUGACCAGUUCGGGUUGGCUAACCUGAAGUAGCUUGACCAUUAUAAUGCCUUACUCAUCGUCAUACCAUCUCAUUCUUUUGGGGUUUUGUGUUUACAGUUUUGCAUGAAAGAAGAACAUAUAUAAGUUAUUGUGAGUAUUGCUCAGAUGCAGUAGUGUGAGUUUGACGUACAUAUGAUGUUAACAGCUGAACUUUAACUUUCCUCUCGUAUGUUGUACAUCCUCAUCAUGAUAUUGUUGCUUUGUUAUGGUAAUCUGGCUAACUCACACACGCUUUCUUUCUUUACAAUUAGUUUUACAGGAAUGAGAAUGCAUGUUAUUAAUUAUAUACUUGUUGUUCUUUGGAUUUUUAAAUAUUUUCCCUUUAGGAUGUUUUAGCCAUUGUUUAUUCUCAUCGACUGACUGCAUCCGAAUCAGUGCCUUAUGUAACGAAUGCCAGGCCCAGUGUGUGCGGAGGACGAAUUUCACACCCACACGGACCUGUGUGUGUGUGUGUGUAUGAAUGAAAUCAUGCAUGUAUAGAUAUGUAAGCAAUGUGUGAUUUAACUUGAAGCACAGUUCCAUACCAGCAAAAAACAUUUGAAAUGGAUCUCCUUAUCACCUGUUCUCUUCCACCUCCUCCCAUGAGCUAAACCAAUGACGCAAAGUGGUUUGCUGCUUCCCCGGUUAAUUAUUCCCUCGUAUAAUGACAGUUUCACAAUGUCCUAUAAUCUCUCCUCGUCUGCCUCUAUCACAAGUGUUGCCUCCCCAGAGUCUGAGCUGAAUGUCUCCGUCCUUUGUGUGUCGUUGCUUCUAUCUGAUCUCAGCGUCUUCAUCACUCAAGGAAAAGCUCAAUUCAUUGUCUUUUAUAGCAAGUGUAUGUAUGUUUAUCAAUAAAAUAUUUUAAAUGGGA